AUGUUUCGAUAUCGCCAAUUUAUUCGUUUAUUAGGUCUAAUUUUAAUAUCUUAUUUUGUUUAUUUUCCUAUAUUUCAUUCAUCUUUAAAGCAAAAUGAAAUUAAAUCGAAAUCUAUUGAUUAUUGUCUCAAGAAAAAGGUAAAUUCAAAUGAAAAAUUCUAUUCGAAUUUAGUUUAUAUUCCAAGAUUAAAUAUUCUUUAUUGUAAUAUUCCAAAAGUCGCAUCAACGAAUCUUCGACGUCUUAUUUAUAUAUAUUUGAAUCAAUCAAAUUCAUUACUAAAUCUAGAUAGAAAAAAAAUUUGGAUCGAUAAUAAAAAUUUCUUUAAUCAAUAUUAUUUAACUGAAAACUCUCAAAUUUUAUUUAAAAAUAAAAACUUAUUCAAAUUUAUCCUCGUUCGUCAUCCAUUUCGACGUAUAUAUUCAGUUUAUUAUGAUAAAUUUGUUAACAAUCAUAUUGAUGAUACAUUGUUUGGUUGGAAACAACUUGAAGAAGAUAUUUUAUUACAAAUGAAAAGAAAUGAAACAUUAUUAACAAUAAGAAGACAUGAUAUUCGAUUAGAUUUUCGUACAUUUCUUUUAUAUAUUAUUGAUUCUAUACGAAAAAAACGCUUAAUUAAUAGUCAUUGGGAACAAAUAGUUCAACGUUGUGCUCUUUGUUUAAUUGGUUAUGAUUGGAUUGGAAAAAUCGAAAAUUUUGAUCAAGACGGAAAAUUUUUAAUGAAAAAGUUAAAUGAUAAUUCAGAUAAAAUUUAUUUAGAAUUUCCAUCAAAAGAAUUAGAUAAACAAGAAAAAAGACAAAAUCUAUUAAAUGAUUCUGAUUUAUUUGAAUUUUUUCGAAAAACUAUUGAAAAUAACAAUGAGUUUGAAAUUUUAAUCGAUUAUUAUAAACCAGAUUUUGAAAUGUUUGAUUAUUCUUUGCCGAACUCAUAA